AUGGCCGAGAGUAUUUUAAAUCUUCCAGUGGUGUUUGAUGACUGCCAGGGGAAUAGCAAAUUGAACUUCGAGGUUUCUAACCCAGACUUCAAGGUGGAAGGAGAUGGAUCUUUAUUUGCGCUCAAGAACGUGUCGGACGCCGGCAGAGCCCUGUUUGUGCACGCGCGGACUGAACACGCCGAGGACAUGGCAGAAAUUUUGGUUGUUGGAGCAGAUGAAAAGCGUGCUGCAUUAAAGGAAAUCUUUAAGCUGGAGAGCAACCUGGGAAUUCCAAGACAAAAAAGAGCUAUUUUGGCAACCCCAAUUUUAAUUCCAGAAAAUCAAAGACCACCGUUCCCCAGAUCUGUUGGCAAGGUCAUCAGAAGCGAGAGGACCGAGGGAGCGAAGUUCCGGCUCUCGGGCAAGGGGGUAGACCAGGACCCCAAAGGGAUUUUUCGGAUCAAUGAGAUCAGCGGGGACGUCUCCGUAACCCGAGCUCUCGACAGAGAAGCCAUUGCCAAUUACGAG